AUAUAUGUGGUAAAACCGACUGACGGUCUUUGUCGUAAACAGACCUGGAAAAGUAUGGAACUAUUCGGAAUGAUGGACAGAAGCAUUGUUGUAUUAGCGGUCACAAUAUAUUGCUUGAAUGUAGUCAGAGGCCAAAAUUGUACAAUGUGGGAAUUUCAGUGUUCAGAUGGAAGUGCUUGUCUAUCUUUUGGGCAAUUUUGCGAUGGAACUUCAGAUUGCGGAGAUAAAAGCGAUGAAAUGAUCCUGACUUCCUCCGAGGAUGAGAUUGCAUGUCGACAGUGGUCUCAUAUUUGCAAACUUCCUCUUCACGAGCAAAAGAAAAAGGAAAUGCUUUGUACCGGAGAAACAACUUGUGCAGCUGAUGAAUUCGAAUGUUUGGAUGGGUCAGCAUGUUUGAAGAAAAACAGAGUUUGCGAUGAAUGGGAAGAUUGCAGGGAUGGUAGCGACGAAGUACAGUUUGAUGUGAACGUUCAUACGGCAGAUGACGGAGUUCCCUGUCGCGGAGACACUAAUUUCGGAAUUUGUCUCCUUGAUAAAAUUAACGCCCCAAAACAUGCUGUUUUAUGUAUGAAAGAUGGACUUUGUAAAGAAAACGAAUUCCGGUGCUCUGAUAACAAGGAGUGUAUCCCAAUGUCGUGGUUUUGUGAUGGAGAAGCCGACUGCAGUGACGAUAGUGAUGAACUUAUAUAUAAUGAUUUGACAUACAACGAAUCGGAUGGCACUCCAUGUCGUGGAUCUAGAAGUUACCAUCGAAUAUGCCUUCUUCCACUUCAUCAAAAAUCGAAAAAAGACCAAAUAUGUGCCAUGGGAAUGUCGUGCACCGAAGAUGAAUUCAAAUGCUUAGACGGAUCUGGGUGCAUUUCAUCAACAUUUUGCAAUAAGGUGAUGGAUUGCCUUGAUGGAAGUGAUGAAAUAACUUAUGGAAAGAAAUUUUCUUCAAUAGACGGAAUUCCCUGUCGAACAGGCGAUGAAAACAAAAUAUGUUUGUUAGAAACAAACCAAACACAAAAAAACACAGCCAUCUGCAAGAAGGGAAAUGAAUGUGCCGCAAACGAAUAUGCCUGUCAUGAUGGAUCGAAGUGCAUACCAGCAUCAUUAUUUUGCGACGAAAAGUCUGAUUGCGACGAUGGCAGUGAUGAAACGGUUUACACCGACCAACAACUGAAUGGAGAGAUAGUGUGCGACGCACUCGAUGCUGAAAUUUCCGAUAAAAAAUGUUUGUUGCCGACAAAAUAUGUCUGUGAUGGGAAAAGACAUUGUGUUGAUGGUGUUGAUGAAUGCAUGUGCAACAAUACAGAAGGAGAAAAUGUGCAGUUAAAUGAGCAUUGUUUUCGUUGUCUCAAUCAUCCGACUAUAAUCAAGUUUGGAUAUUUGUGCGAUGGAACAUUUCAUUGUCCUGAUUUAUCUGACGAAUGCAUUUGUAGAAAAAGUGGGAAUAUACCAUCUAUAUGCUUUGACGUAAACUGGGGAAAAGCUAAUGCAAAUUCGCUUACCCAGCAAUGGGAAUGCAGUGCCGGUAAUGAUUCAGCUGUAAUUACUACAAAAGAAAUAUGUGAUCAAAACAUAGAUUGUGAGGACUCCUUGGACGAAAUAAACUGUGAAAAUGAUUGUGCAGGCUCAUCAGUGGACGCUGAAGAAGUGAAAACCUGCGAAAAAGAUUACCAAUGUUUAGAUCAAGCGAAAAUGGCAGUGCGAUGCGACGGUAUACUCACUUGUCGACAGUCAAUGGUGGAAGAAUGUGUAAACGAAUGUUCAAAUCGGCCGGAAUUUUGUUCAGGGCUUAGUUGGGCAAACGACUAUGAUUGUGAAACAGGAGAAACAAUUCACGCAUCUAAAAUUUGUAAUGGAAUUAAAGAUUGUCCAAAUGGAGAAGAAGAAAAUGGCUGUACACGCAGGUAUUAUUGCGAAUCCGGUUCUACAAUACAUAUAGCAAACGUAACAGUUUGCAACGGACAAAAGGACUGUGACGAUUCGAGUGAUGAGAUGGAUUGUAGCAAUAAAACACAUUUUUACUGCAAUGAUAGUGGGGAACCAAAAUUCAUUGCAGCACAACAGGUUUGCGAUGGAAGCGAAGAUUGUGCUGGCGGAGGAGAUGAAUGCCUUGAAAAAUGUAUUUCUAGUGUAUUCUCUAAUGCUGAUUUGAUGAUCAGUAAUAAACUCUUCGUAGCAUUGACUUGGAUUAUCAGUUUAGUUGCACUUGUUGGAAAUUUAAUCGUUGCUGGCAGAUCCAUCCGUAAUAUUUUCUUUCCAAGAAGGCAACUUUCGAAGAAUGAAUUAAUCAAUAAAACCUUGAUAUUCAAUCUGUCGAUAUCAGAUUUACUCGUAGGGAUAUAUACACUAUCGGUGUGUAUUAAGAAUGCGACAAUAACGAAAGGCUACUGUCGUACAGACCGGGAAUGGAGAAGUGGGCCUACAUGUUCUGGUCUUGGAGCAUUACUUUUGAUUGGAUCAGAAAAUUCUGUAUUCACGCUGACCAUUAUCACAGGAUACCGAUUGAAAUCUGUACUCCGUCCUUAUGCAAAAAGUACAACGAUGAAAUUGGUUUUAUUCAUGAUCGCAUUUUCAUGGACUUUUUCAAUACUGCUUGGAUUGAUUCCUAUUGCUGUUGGCACUCGGGACUUUUUUGUCGACAGUAUUUGGUACGACAAAAAUCCAUUGUUUUCAACUAUUGACAGAAAGGACGCAAAAAGUGUGACUCGAUGGCUUAUACCUAAAGAGAAGUAUGAAGACGAGUCAACUGUGCAUGCGAUUGGAACAUGGUCGUUGUUGGAAUCUCAGAUCAAGGAUUUGAAUCCAGAAUAUAAGGUUCAGCGAAGAUUUGGAUAUUAUUCAACCCACGGAGUUUGCCUUCCCACGUUGUUUCCUGACCGCCAUUUGGACACUGCUUGGCCUUACUCGCUUUUCAUCAUUAUCAUAAACUUCAUCGCAUUUUUCUUCAUUUUGAUUGGAUACAUCAAAAUAUACAGAAAAGCGAUAGAAAAGAAUUUCGCUGUAAGUGAUGAAACAAUGGCGGAAAGAGCUGGGCGAAUGCAGAGAAAAGUCACUCGAAUUGUCGUUACUGAUUUUCUUUGUUGGAUGCCAAUUUGCCUGAUGGGAUUUUUACAGGUUUUUGGCGUUCCUAUAUCAAAGGAUGCGUACGUUCCCGUUAGUUUGAUCAUUAUUCCAAUCAACAGUGCCCUGAACCCUUUCUUAUAUUCCGAUGCACCGGACUACAUUUGGGAAAAGUCCCACCCUGCCAGAUCUUGGAUAUAUAAAAAUACGCUGGGACAUUGUAUCCAUGACAAAGCGAAGGGCAAAAAGGGCACUCAACUACACAGCGAUUCAAGUCAACCGAUGGCAUCUGGGGAUACUAGAUCGACAAGAGUUGAAGAAACUACUUCACCAAACCAUGGCGAAACCAAUUUGUGA